AUGCAGAAACUCAAAGUUGCAUACUGCUGCAGCUUCAUCAGUGGAGAGAGAAAGGAGCCCGGGCCAUCGAUAACGUUCCGCAGCCGUCCCGUCAGGACAUCAUUGGGCCUCUGCACAUGCUGGGUCUUACACAGGUGCAGAGCCAUCUCUCCAAUUUUAUCUGAAUCCCCGUUUUGGAUCAUGUUGCCAGUUGGGAGGGGGGGAUGCCGUGAGAGAGUUGAGACUGAGGCUCUUAUCACGGCCGGUGAGGACGACAGCCAACAACUGCCGAUGAUUUUCUCACGGGUUUCACAGUUGGGUGAGGGUCGGCAAGGCGCGCGUUAA